UCAUCCAGGUACACUGUGGGUCCCACCGAAACCGAGCGCUGCAUUGAGUCGCUGCUGGCCGUCUUCCAGCGCUACGCUGGGAAGGAAGGAGACAGCAAGACUCUCUCCAAGAAGGAAUUCAGAACAUUCAUGGACACAGAGCUGGCCUCUUUCACCAAGAACCAGAAAGAUCCAGGCGUCGUUGACCGUAUGAUGAAAAAGCUGGACAUCAACUCCGAUGGGCAGCUGGACUUUGCCGAGUUCUUGAACCUCAUCGGAGGCCUGGCGGUGGCCGUCCAUGAGAUGGCAUCCGCGCCCGUCGGCGGAGCCCCUAGAAGACUGUGAAGACAUCCGGGCAAUUUCAAACCUUUGUUAUCCAAAGCAUUCCAAAAUCGGGGAUGUGCAACAUCCUUUAUUCUUCGUUGUUGUUGUUUUCCUUGUUCAAAUUUUGAAUAAAAUUGAGAAUUAAAAGCAGA